CGUGACUCAGUUGAGUAAGUGACCGUAGACUACUCAAUGUAGCGGCAGCCGCCGAGCCGAGAGGACGCACAGCAGAGCAGCAGCACUUGUCUGAUAAACAAUGGCUGCCUUACUCGUGUUGAUGCCGUUACUUUGUGUCGCCGCUGUGGUGGGGGAACCCAGCUGCUUGCUGCCACCCGCCUCCGAAGAGCAGCUCCCAUUUACCAUGGAGAGGAAGAACUGGUACGUGCUGUUCCAGUAUGAGGCGCCAGACUACCAGAGGCUCGGAUGCUUCGCCCUCACGCAGACGCCCGGCGAGAAUCCGUACGAAAUCAACAUCAACGGCAGUUUCAGCAGGCAACCUGAUUUCCCUGUGUCAGGUAAUGCAGUAUUCAAAGGAAACCGAAUGAUAAAGGUAUAUGAUGGUAAAUGGGACAAGGAGUUUACUGGGGACUACAAUGUGGUGUACGGAGACAAGGAUAUAUUCAUUGAUCACUUCUGCUAUUUGGGAAAUGAAAUGGCCCAGAUCUUCACAACUGACAAGAAACCCAGCGCUGAGGUGCUCCAACGAAUCUGGAAGGUUGUUGACGAACAUCCUGAAGUGGAAAAAUCCAAAUUCAAGGAAGCAAUCUGCUAAUACUUUACUUGUUGACAAAUGGAAGUUUGAGGAAGCUGUUUCUAAGAUUUCUAAUCUGUGUUUCCUUCCAAUGAGCUUCCUUCUAUUGAGUGAUAACUGAACACGUACAGGACCCAACUAAACCCAAUCUUUACACAUACGUUACACAGAUUAUUUUAUAGAUUAUUAAUAAUAUUGAAAGUUUCAUUAUUUGACACCAGUAAAUAAAAGAAAUGAAUAAAUACUGAAUACAUCGCUUAUGCAAGGAAUAGGAAAUACGCUGUUUCGAAAUGACUGUCACAACCCACAAACUGGAAAACUAUAUUGAUAAUAAUCAAAACUCUGUUUACUUUCUCGUAAUAUCGGCACAUAUCAGGAACCUUACGGCAACAGAUUGAUGACAGGUACAUUUUUGUUAGAGAACGGGAUAUAAUGUGAAAUAAGGUCAACUAUGGCGACGUCCAGAAUACGCCUGCAACAGCAUAUGUCACUACGAUCUUUUAGGCGAACUCCAGAUCUCCUCAAAUUCAGUUAACUGACUCUACCUUAUUUCAUUUUUAUUGUGUGACCCACUCCACGUAUUCAACGUACAUAUCUUUCCCAUACCACUGCAGAAACACCACAAGAUUUCGUUCAGUCUCUGCUUCUGCAUACUGUCUUCGAACAUCUGGUAUUCUUAAGUCAUGUCUACUGGCAUGUAGACAGUUAAAAAAAGCGGAAUUGAAGGAGAAUAUCAAUCAGUAUAUGGAAACCAGGAAGAGUGGAGACUGGUGGAGUUCUCAAACUCAUUUUAUCUAUUUGUCACGAAGUACACCUAAAAGAAAAGAAGGUAGACAAGAAUAGACCAGCAUACAUGAGUAGGCCUAUAUGUCAAUUACAUUAUGUGAUCGUUAGAGAAUGAUUUAGCUGCUGAGUAUUUGAAUGGGAAGUAUACUUAGGAAUCAAUACGAAUUAAGAUCAUGACAUAGUUCUACACCAUAGGCAAUUAAGGGAACAGAAAAUGUUAGUGGGAUAUUUGCAAAAUGUAACUGAAUAAGGUAAAGUAGAAACCCUUUAUACAUUGUCCAUCAAGCUGUCGAAGGAGGCCCAAAGGGAUAAAUGCGAAACGUCCUAGACGAUCAGUGUGGAAACCAGUGCUUCAGACAGCAGAACACCCAAAUAUACGGUACAAUAAAACAUCACUUGAAAAAAAUACACAAACAAAAUGUUUCAAUGGUACAGACGACGAGUUUGCUGGUCAGGCUGUCUUAGAAUGAUGAAUAAAGUGGAUCACAAUGAAUGAAUCCAGCAAAAGUACUUCAACCGUAAUCACUUGAUAACUGAAACUGUCAUAUCUAGGCAGAAACAAUAAUACAGCUGAAAAUAAUCAAGUGAAAUCUGCGUUAGCCGUAGUUAAUAAAAUGA